AUGAAGAGUGUGAGAGAACUCCUGGCUGCCUCUGUAAUUUCCAUCCAGAACUCCUGCUUCAUCUACCCUGCCUGUCAAAACUGCUUUUCUAGGCUGAUACUGGAUUCUAGGAGGUUUAACUGUCCAAAAUGUGGCUGUACAGGUGAGGCCAAGGAUGCAGGCUACAGAUACAGAUUGUCCCUAAAGGUUGCUGACACUAACGAUUUGUUUGACAUCACCGUGUUUGGAAGUUGCUUAGAUCCAUUCUUUGGGGUCACCGCAGAAAAUCUGCAGAGGUGUAUUCAAGACUUCAAUCAGCUGUCAGGGGAAACAAACACAGAUGCAUCUCAAGCAGUGUUAGUUCAAGCAGUGGAAACCUGUUUCAUUGGAAGAAGAUUUAUAUUUGGAGUGAAGGGUUGGGCAAGGGAAGAUGGAGGCCAUUCUGCUGCCAGCAGCAUCCUGCAGAACUGCUCCAGAAUUAAUAGAAGUACAAAAACCCUUACAGCUUGCCAGCUCUUCCUGCCAAACACUGCUGUUACUGGCUUUACUGUUAUCAGCUGCUUCCAUCGGCUCCUGCAGUCAGCAAAACUCAGGAGCUGUAGUAACAGCUCAGAUUCACCUGACACAUCAGCAGCUCCAGCAGAGGAACCUGUCAGUGAGCUCAGCAGCUUGUCUGGCCUGAGCAGAAACUCCUGCUCUGCUCAGUCUAGUGGCAGAGAAAGUUCUUUAUGGUCCUGGCAGCAGUCCUUCAGCCUGACUUCAUCUGUUGCUUGGGUAACACCGGAAGACUUUCCCACUCUGGAAGUGGGAGAGCUGGUGAGUGAACAGCAUGAACAAGAGGGGAGGCCUGUCCCUGCAGAAUCGUGCAGUGUGAGCCCAAACAAUCAAACUCUCUGGGAUUCACCAUUUUGCAGCUCUGCUGUGAAGGGAGGGGAUAAAGAGGAGUGUGAUGAGUUGAGUGCACAGCCUAAUCGGAGUGACGGUAUCUCUGCAACUGAUAAAUUAGAGAGAAUAUCCUCUUCAGAGACUGAGUGUUCACAUGGAAACAGUUCCAGGUUGUUACAACAUCCCUUGGAACUUGGGGUACAGAGCACUUACCCGAAGACUGAUGGUAUAAAUUAUUCUUGCCCAGAAACAUCCCACAAAUCACUUUUAUACAAGAGAGAUGCCUCAGCUUCUGGUCACGUAAAUGUGUCUCAGAUGGACUCUGUGCUUUGGGACGAGCUCCCGUUCUCAGAAAGCCUAAAUGAAUUUUUAGCCAGAAUAGAAGAAGGCAAGAGCAUCGUAACAUCACCCAGUGUAGAUGCAGGCAAACAUCUGCCUGCCCUUCUUGAAAGCAGCAGGUUGGGUGUAAAUCUUAACGAAUCAUGUCCCAGGCAAACCCUUGUAGCUGCUGAUUUACCUGAAGCAAGUGUCUCCAGGAAGCUCUUGCCACCAGCAGAGAGUGAUAGCUGGGAGAACGUAUUGCUUGCUUGUCUUCAGUCACAUGCAGAUCCACAGAGUGGUGAGGUAUCACAGCAUGAGUCUUCCUCUAGUGCUUUAUCUGACAAGGAAUCUUGCUUUAUACCUAACCCUCAUCUACCUGUUCUGUCACAGUCCUUGCCCGUUACACCAGAGCCUUCUGUUUCUGAGAGCAGGUAUGUGCAGUCCAAAGCAGCAAAUAAGGACAUUUCAAAGUCAUCUUGGUUCUUUAUUCAUCAGUGUGCUGCUAAACAUGGAGAAACCUCCUGUGUGAAGAGGAGCAAGGCAGCUCCCUGUGUGCAUUCUGCACGUGAUAGCUGCUUAGCUGGUUGGGAAAAUAAAGAAAACUCUUCUUCUACACCAAGCCAAAGACCAGAUCUUACACUCACAGGGACAUGGGACUCUGAUGCAGCAGCACCCAGCAAUACAGGAAGGAUUUAUAAAAGAGAAUUAAAACCAUUGGCAGAAGUGUCAGAAAACACCUUCAAAAGUGCUAAUAGGAGAGAGACACUGUGGAACAGUAUCUUCCCUGAAGGCAGCUACGAUGCUUCUGCUGAUCUCUUUGAUGCAAGUACAAGAGAGGUAGCGAAACCUGUUGAAUUCUUAAAGCAAGCAGGUAAUUCUUUAAUAAAGGAAGAUGAUACUUUGACAGAAAAGGUCACAGCUGCUGAAUUGGUGCUUUACGGUGGAGAUGUUUCCUGUGACAGUUCAAAAUGGAGCUCGUCCCGAUACAGGUCCCCUCCUGCUUUUAGGAAGCACAGUACACCAGUAACAUCCUCCUUUUGUGAUGCACAAUGCAAUUCAGUCAGUGCUCGAGACUUUGUUCCUUAUUCACAGUCCACUCCUAUGGCAAAACCUCUCCAGAAGCUGUGGCCUGGUGGGGAAAGAAGCUCUUUUCUCACUGUCUUCACCCCUACAAAUCCCAGGAAGAUCCAUUCUAAAUGCAAGCGGUCUAGGUCUGCCUUUCAAAACACUCUGCUGCAGCAGCUUACCGGCAGGUUAGUGAAACAUGGGAGGCCAAGUAACAGUGGAGACAAGGAAAGCAGUAGCUCUGUGUCACAGCAGUUCCUUCGCAGCCAGCUGCCUGCCAGCUGUGAGGAGUGGAUCCCUCCUUCUGCAAACAAAAGGUUGAAGCCAUCUGCAUCUUUACCUUUAAAAGCGGUCGGGCUGGCUCCUGACGUGCAGGUGACCUGUGGGCACACGGGCAGGAACCCUGCUUCUGAGAGCAAAGAGAACAGUGAGAAUGAUGCUCGCUUACAGGAUGAGAGGCUAAGCCCUGGGGACACAGCCUGGAUUCUAACAACUCCUGCAUCUGCUGGUGUCACCGAGGCCUUGUUCUUCAGUGAUACAGUGCUGGAAACUUGUUCCCCUUCGGAAGGCAAGACUCUCCUCUCAAGUGCUUGUUGCUCAGGGAGGGUACCUGGAGGGGCUGCUGGCUGGUCUCCUGAGUUGUUCUUCCAAGCACAAACCCCUUUUUCCUAUAAGCCAAAACACUAA